AUGCCAGCAGACGGCUCAGCUGCUGCUCCGCUCGUCAAUGGCGUCCCUUCUGUACACGACAAUUUCGAUCUGAUCACUCGCUAUGACCUCGACUAUGCCCCAGGCAUGUCGGUCGAAAAGUGGAGGUCCCGCAAGACCGGCCUCACCGUGCUCUGGGCCAACUUUGACUCGCCACUCCUCAACUGCUACAUGACGCUUGCCUCGGAGAUCUUUGAGGACUCCGGUGUUCCACAUACCCUCGAGCAUCUCAUCUUUCUUGGCUCUGACCUCUACCCUUUCAAAGGUGUCUUGGACACCUUGGCCAACAGGGCCUUCGCCAGCGGCACAAACGCAUGGACCGCCAACGACCACACCGCCUACACCCUCACCACCGCCGGCUCGGACGGCUUCCUUCGCAUGCUUCCCGUCUAUCUCGAUCAUGUCUUCUUCCCUACUUUGACCAACGAGGGCUUCGUAACCGAGGUCUACCACGUCAACGGCAAAGGUCAGGAUGCGGGUGUCGUCUUCAGUGAGAUGCAAGGCCGUGAAAACUCGCCCGCCGAUCUCAUGGAGCUCAAGUCGCAGCGCAUGCUCUAUCCGACUUCUUCGGCUUACCGUUCCGAGACUGGUGGUCUCAUGUCGGCGCUUCGUGUGCUCAACAUCGACAAGAUUCGCGACUACCACCACCAGUACUACGCCCCUCACAAUGCAGCUCUCGUCGUGUGCGGUCCCUUGGCACGAGCUGACCUCCUCAACUCGCUCGCACCCGUCGAGGACCGUCUCGUCACCAAGCGUGAUGCCCAGCCUGAAGGACCCCGCGGAUGGAAACGCCCUUUCGUCGAGACCGAGUCUGCCGUCCCGCCCACCAUCGAUGGCUCCAAGACAGAACAACCUGGUCUCGAUCCAGCUGAUCCGCCUGCUGAAGGUUCGCAACCUGACUCGAAGCGACGACGUGCUUUCAUCGAUUUUCCAGAGAAGGACGAGAGUGUUGGCGAGAUUCAGAUCUCGUGGGUCGGUCCCAAGUUCCAGGACUGGAUGACUAACGAAGCCGUCAACAUCCUCAGCACGUACCUUACCGAUUCGCCCGUCUCUGCUAUCCAAGAGGCCUUUGUCGAGCGAGACGAUCCACUCUGCACUGACGCUUACAUCGGGUCAUCCGACAAAGCUGGCGCAAGCCUGCUCUCCGCCUACUUCUCCUCCGUCCCCUCUGACCAACUCGACCGUCUCGACCAGCAGGUCGUCGACCUCUUGGCCGGCAUUGUUAGGGAAGGAAUGGACAUGGACAGGAUGCACAUGGUGAUCAAGCGCGACAAGCUCAAGGUGCUUUCGCAGCUCGAGACCAAGCCCGCCGACUCGUUCGCCGAUCUUCUCAUCACCGAUUUUCUCUACGGCGAUCGCUCCGGCGAUGACCUCCACAAGGCGCUACAGGACAUGAAGCGCUACGAUGAGCUGCUCUUGUGGAAGAAUGAGCAGUGGACAGAUUUGCUGCAAAAGUUCUUUGUUGACAACGCGAGACUCGUGGUCAUUGGCCGUCCAUCCUCGGCGCUCUCGGAUAAGCUCAAAGCAGACACCAAGGCGCUCGAGGAGGAGAGGAAGCAGAAGCUAGGAGAGAGGGGGCUAAAGAAACUCGAACAUCAGCUUGAAGAAGCCAAGAAGGAGAAUGACCGACCGAUUCCGGACGAGAUGCUGAAACAGUUCAAGAUCCCCAGCACCGAGAGUAUCAAGUGGAUUCCCGUGGGCACAGCCCAGGUGCUGCCGAUCCCCAGCAAGCAACAGGCAAACGGCGAGACGACUGUCUACGGUAUGCAAGUCUCGACCACCGCCGACGAUCUCGACCGCAAGAUCCAAGCGCACGUCGAUGCGGAUCCGGCCACGUUGCCUUACUUUGUGCAGUUCGACCAUGUCAGCUCCGCCUUUGUCUCGAUCUCGCUCGUCUUUGCCACCACAGACCUGCCCAAAGAGCUGCGUGCGCAGAUGCAGCUCUAUCUAUCAGUUCUCUUCUCGCUCCCCGUCGUCAAACAGGACGGCUCGAACACCGCGUUGACUUACGAAGAGGUGGUCAAAGGCCUGGACGAAGACACGCUCGAGUACGAUGUCUCCCUCGGCAGCGGUGGCUUCGGCGAACUCGUCUGUGCCGAGCUCAAGCUCGAACGUGCCAAUUACGAAAAGGGAAUUGCCUGGCUGCGGGAUCUUUUCUUGGGCAGUCAGUUCGCCAUCGACAGACUCAAAGUGUCCAUCAGCAAGAUCAUCCAAAGUCUUCCCGAACAAAAGCGAAACGGGCGCGCAAUCGCCUCCGCCCUCAGCCGUUCCCUCACCCACGACGGGGACAAGUCAACCAACUUGGCUAACAGCAUUUUGAACCUGGUUAAGACGAUGCCAGAGCUGCAGGAUAAGCUGAACAGCGACCCGGAGAAGGUGGUUGCGGAUUUCGAGCGGAUUCGAUCGACGCUUGUACGACCGGAGAACCUGCGCGUUUCGGUCUCGGGCGAUAUCUUGGCGUUGGAGCGGCCGAAGAGUGCGUGGUCGGAGCAUUUCACUCGGGUCGAGUGGGUGCAAGGAUCGCCGAAGGACACUUUGCCGGUUCCGUGGAGCAAGGAUAUGUUGACGAAGCUGGGGAAGAAUCCUUCUCGCAAAGGGUUGAUCACCGCUCUGCCGACAGUGGAGAGCUCGUAUUCGUAUUUCACAUCCAAAGGAAUUCCGUCGUACACUCAUCCUGACGGACCGGCGCUGGUCACCACUAUCACGAUCCUGAACGCGAUGGAGUCGUAUCUAUGGAGAUACAUCCGAGGUGCAGGUUUGGCGUACGGUGCCAGUAUCGCCUCGAAUCCGGAGAGCGAGCUGAUCCACUUCAGUCUCUACCGAUCGCCCGACUCUGCCAAGGCGUUCCUGGAAGCCAAGAAGGUCAUCCAAGCACUGUGCGUCGACAAAUCCUCAUCUCGAUCCGGUGACGAUCUGGUGCUGGAGAUCGACGAAACAACGCUGGAAUCGGCGAAAUCUUCGUUGCACUUCAACGUCGCCGAAGCCGAGGGCACGGUCUCGGGUGCUGCUCAGGAGAGCUUCUUCGACCAGGUGUUGAAGCAGGCACCGAAGAACCGCGGCAAGUUGCUGUUGGAGGCGGUGAGGGAGGUCAAGUUGGAGGACGUGCGGGAGUGUUUGAAGAAGUACAUUUUGCCGCUGUUUGAUGCGGAGACGAGUACGGCUGCGGUGGUGGCGCCGGUGGGGAAGGUGGAGGAGAUGAAGAGGAAGUUGGAGGAGGCGGGGUAUGCGAUGGAGAUGGUGGAGAUUGAUCUGGGCAAGGACGAGGAGGGAAGUGAGGAUGGGAGUGAGAGCGGGAGCGGGAGCGGGAGUGACGAGGAGGGGGAGAGCGAGAGCGAGAGUGAGGAGGAGGGUGGACGAUAG